AUGGCAUCGUGGGAAUCUGCCAUCAGCAGUUUGUAUGGGAACAGUGGUCCCAAAACUGUGAAGUCCUACAACGUGGCAAUCAAUGCAUGUGGCAAAGGAAACCAGUGGCAACUUGCUGUGUUUCUCUUGGAGGAUUUGAAAGUGCGAACCUUUCAACCAGAUGUCGUCACUUUGAAUUCACUGAUCUCUGCAUGUAGGGAGCAAUGGUUGCUGGCUCUGCACCUGCUACACGAAAUGAUCCAGGGUUACUCAGUGGAUGUGAUUAGCUUUAGUGCGGCAAUUCGUGCAUGUGAACGAGCUGGAGUCUGGCAGCUUGCCUUGUCACUCCUGCAGCAAAUGAAGGAGCAGAUGUUGCAGAGCAACGUGAUUGUCCACAACUCUGUACUGAGCGUUUUCAGUCAGGCCGGGGAAUGGGAAAGAGCGUUGCUUUGGCUUCGAAACAUGAAGGAGCAGAUGGCUUGCACAACGAUUUCCUACAAUACGGCAAUCACUGCGUGCGCAAGAUCUGCUCAAUGGCUUCAGGCCAUUCAUCUCCUUUCCUUCGAGUCCUUCGAGUCAGUUUCAACUGACAUCAUCUCCUACAAUGCUGCCAUCAACUCGUGCGAGGACAGCGGACUGUGGGAACUUGCACUGCAGUUGUAUGGCCAGCUUCAGGAAAGUUCCCUUCAAAGGAACGUGGUUACCUUCGGUUCCAUAAUAAGCACCUGUGGCAACGGCAGCCGUUGGGAAGUGGCCAUGUACUUUCUGCAAGAGCUUCAGUCAUCGGACCUACAAGCGAACUUGAUUACUCUCAAUGCAAGCCUCAUGGCAUGCGAACGAUCUCAGCGUUGGUCCACUGCGUUGCAGCUUCUUCGGGAUGGCCUUAACACAACUUUAAUCCCCAACAUCGUGUCCUUCAAUGUGGCCAUCAGCACCUGCGGCAAGGCAGGUCAGAUGCUGUUGGUCAGGCGCUUGCUGUUGCGGCUCAACCGCUUGGGAUUGGAGCCGAAUCUCAUCACCUGCAAUGCAGUGCUGAACAGCUGCGUGGCGACCUCUGGUUGGGAGCAGGCUCUGGCGAUGCUGCACCAGGCGGUGUUGGAAGAUCUUCAGCCGGACCUCACCAGUUACAAUGCAGCCAGCAAUGCGUGUGUUUCUGCUUCCAGAUGGCCGGAAGCAUUGGCACUGCUGAAAAAUGCAGCAUUGGGCCACUUGGAUUUAGAUCGCAUUUCCUACACCACUGCCAUCAACGCCUAUGAACGGGGAGACAAAUGGCAAGAGGCAAUUGCGUUGCUGGCCAGCUUUCCUGGUGAAGCAGAUGCUAUCCUUUUCAACGCUGCCAUCAAUGCAUGCGCCGACCAGUGGCAGAAAUGCGUGCUGCUGCUAAACCAAAUGCAACAGGAUCAGAUCCAAGCCAACAUAAUCACCUUCGGCGCCAUCAUCAGUGCCUGCAGAAACAGCAAAGAGUGGAGAGAAGCAGUGCAUAUUCUAGGUUUCAUGCAAAGGUCCCACGUUGAAACCAACGCCAUUGUGUGCAAUGCAGCCAUCAAUGCGUGUGGAAGGGCAGAAUACUGGCCUCAUGCACUCCAAAUCUUGGUCAUGAUGGAGAAGGAGACGAUCGAAGCUGACCUUACCAGCUAUGACACGCUGAUUGCAGCCACCGCCAGCUGUGGAUGCAGAGAGCAGGCCUGGAUGCUGGCAGCUGACUCGCGGCCUUUGCGUUCGCCCCUGGAAGUUCUUUGGGCCUUGGCCACUGUGAGUUGCAACGAUGCGGAGGUGAUCCAUGCUGCUUUGGUAGACGUGGUCUCGGCCGGCCGGGCCGAUACUGCGAAGCUGCUGUGGUGCAUGGGGCAGCUGGGCGUCUCUCCAGUGAGGUCCUUUAGCCGGCAAUUUCUCAGGGACAUCCAGGGUCGCCAGCUGGAAGACUUGAUUUUGGCAGCUGGAGCCGUUGCACCGCAUCCGGAGUUGACUUUCUUCUACCAACUACAACAAGCAGCGGAGGAAAGGAUUGUGGCCUUGCAGCCAUCCGCUUUGGUCUUCCAGCGCCUUGGCAUUUCCGCCCUGGGUCUCCUGUCGUCGUGUCACCUGGCGCAACUUCUCCAGCAGGGCUUCGUGAGGUGCGUGCAGCGCUGCAUGCAACGCGUGGGCCGCGCCAUGGACAGCUGCGAGGGGCCCUGGGGGCCCUGGCCUAGGCCCAGGGGUCCACCGGAGGUGACUGCCGACUCCCCGUCCGUUGCAGCUGACUAUGGCGAUCGAGCGAUCCUCUAUAAACCAGAGGGCUGGGAGGUCUACGGAGCCCACACCAAGCGCCAGCUCUCGAUGUUCGUUCGAUGUCUCGGUGACAGAAGGAUCUUUUCCGACCAGCAACACAACUUGGGAUUCUUGCAUCGCUUAGAUGUGCCCAGCUCAGGACUCAUCAUGUGCGCGAAGACCUAUGAAGCAUUCUACGACCUUCAAGUGCAGUUGCAUGCGGGCCUUUUUUGCCGUGAUUACAUUGUCUUGUCUCACGGCUGGCUUCCGCAGUCCCUGACCCACAUUCAAGCCCAUCUGAUUUCCAGCAGCAGCGGGCCAAGCCUCUCCGGAGGGAGAGGGAAAUAUAGCUGUACCAAGUUGCUGUCUGUGGCUCACAUUGCAAGAGCCAACUGGGCCACAUCUUUCUCUCAGCUCUUGAUACGGAUUGUGACAGGAAGGAAGCAUCAAAUCAGAAGUCAGUUAUCCUUCGUGGGACAUCCCACUGUGCGGGAUGCGCUGUACACAAGCCUUUGGACCUUUUCAGAUGAUGGAAAGAUCUGCUCUCGGAAUUGGUUGCAUCGGCACCGCCUCGAAUUUCAGGAUCAAUUGGGCCGGAGACAAGAAGUGAUCUCUCCGCUGCCACAGGACCUGAGAGAAAGCAUGUUGCACUUACGACAAAACGGACUAUCAGCUGCUGGGGCUAAUCUCGGUUUCCAGUAG